AUGUGCUGGUACAUCCAGGAAGGUUCUGCAGAAGCUUCUGGAAGAAAAUCAUCAGCACUUCUUCUGUACGAUGCUCAACGCCACUCUAAUUCCAGCCACCAACCUCUAUGUGAACUCCACCACCCUGGAGGCCCCCUUGGUCCUCCACUGUGGUACCAGUUCCCAGUGUGUGCUGUGGCUCCUUACGGCUUCAUUUUCUACUUUGGGGUCAAAGUGUUCAACCUGGCCGUGGGGGCGCCCUGUAACGUCCUGGUCAUCUGGCAGAUCGCAACCAAGAAAAGUGACUCAUCCACAUCCGACAUCUUCAUCUUCAACCUGGCCAUCCUAGACGCCUACUUCUGCCUGAUGACGCCCAUAGAAAUGGUGAACCGACUGCUGCUGGACAACAGCCGCAUCUGGUACUUUCAGAGAUUUGCAUAUGGGAUCAAGGACGUUGCACCACUUUUUCUGGUGUGUAUCUCUCUGGACCGCUACAUCGCCGUGGUCCAUCCAGUGCUAUUCGCUGGUAUCCGUGACAACAAGUUCCGCAUUGGCGUUUCUGUGGUGGUCUGGGGCCUCAUCCUGGCUUACGGCCUAACAAAAUGCACCCUGGGAGCCAUGAGUGUCAACGAGGUCUUCAGCGGAGUCAUCCUGUUUGCAUUCGCGGUCAUGGUCUUCUGCAACAUCUCCGUCAUCUGGGUUCUCCGCCGCUCUGUGGUGGGAAAAGAGGAGAUGCACCCUGUGAAGAAGAAAGCCUUCAAGAUGGUGCUGAUCAUCUUGGCCAUCAUCGUGGCCAACUACCUGCCUCCUGUGGCGCUCAUGCCUUUCGCGUCCUACUACUCGUUCUUGGUCUUCCGCUGUCAGAUCAGCAUCAGCGUGUUCUCCAUCAUGGAUCUGAGCUGCAGCGUCGAGCCGCUCCUCUACAUCACAAAGAUGGAGCGUGUGGACGGCAGGUGCUGCAGCUUGAGUUUGAUGUCAAGGUGUAAUCAGUCUUCCUGUCAUUAACCGACCCGAACUUGGAAGAUUCUUUCAAAAAUGUUAGUGGACAAAGACCCUGCAUGUACCAGUUUUUGUUUUGUUUUUUAAUAUUCCCGUUGUUACCCAAUGUAUAACUCCAUAAGUCUGCUGAACUGUGGCCAGGACAUGUUUGGCCAAAAAUUUUGUUAAAAACUCACCUAUUUUUUCUAUUAAAAAAAUACAUAUGAUGGGACAAAAAGAUAAAAAUUCUCUGAAGCAUUCACCCUCUAAGCCAGCAGCUACAUCAAGUAAAUACUGUGAGACAGAUAAAGCAUCAGCUAAAGCUAAAACAAAAUGAAGACUUUUCUAUUAUCAGUGAUAGAAAAUUCUUAUUUUAGUCCACAUACAACAUAACUAAAUGCUUAGCAGAGUAGCAAUAAUUACCAUUAUACACUAUAAGGGAAUUCAUGCAGGUUCAGUUUGGUUAUUCAAGGUCUUUUUAAGCCAGAUAUCUAAAUCAAUGUCCUUCAAUUACUAAUUACCAUGAAUACACAUUUUGUUGGUGGAUAUUGCCGUUUUCAGCAGACAAAAUUAUUACUCAAUAACUGAUUUUAACAUUUAUCCCAAACAUGUAAUUAUGAUAACAGUCUUUCUUUUACAUAGUUUGUUGUCUAGUGUCAAACUUUAAACUCUUAGGGGAAAUAUGGGCUGCCCUUUUCAGAAGAAAACCAAGUUUGUGUGUGUUUUUUAAUAUGCUAAGAGACACAUCAAUAAGACACGCCAUGGUUGACAAUUUCCAUCUUAAAACUGCAGUGUACAGAUGAUGAGCAACUGAGGGGUGAGUGGAGAAAGACAAACUCCACAGAUCUGCACAUGACAAAGGAAGCAACGCUGCAGUAACAUCUAAGAAGCCAUUUUAAGGGAGAAAAUUAAUAUUUUUGCAGAAAAAACUUCUGAAUAUGUCACUGUGAAAUACAGUUUCAGAAGUAUAAUCAUUGACUGGAGAGAGACUUUCAAUACAAUAUAUAACUUUAAAUGUUCACCUCCAGAAGUAUGUUAAGGAGAGAGAAAUGCAGUUAUGUGACAUUUAACACAGGGGAGCUUUUUUUCUUAUUUGUGCUGAACAUUUACACUGCAACCAGCAGGUUUACAAAACAUUCAAAGAGGCCUUGAGGGACAUAGAACAUAUCAGUGAGUAUAACAGAAGUAGGUGAGGUUGUUGGUUAAAGUGGGCAUCAUUUAUUCCCAGGUGUAUGAUUACUGAAAGAGCAUUUCCUUCUCUGCUCCUCCUAUGGCAACCAGUAACAGAAACCCUCUCGUUAACAAAGACGUCUAUUAAUCCAUUUUAAUGACAGCCAGGGGCAGUGUCUGGUUUACUGAGCACUGAUGAAGCAUUUAGUCAGUUUUUAAAUCAGCCCUAUUAUCAGACAUGCACAAUGGGACCAAUUAGUGGCAGUGUAAUGAGUAGACAUGUAGAUUAGGUUAGUUAAUAAACUAAAUACUGAACACACUGCAAUUAUUAAAGGACUGACAAUAUGCUGUGGAAAGACUAUAUAACAUGAUUAAAGACACACCUCCCCUUUUAAGAAUUGUGUUUGAUAUAGUCUCUGAAAUGGAUCAUAGAAUUCAGAAAAAGUCUUUAUUUUGAUCAAAACGUACUAAAUUAUAAAUGUGUACAGGUGUUUGUCAUCUUACAGUAUAUUUGUGGAAGGAUUUCCAUGCAGAGCUGUCUUUGCAUUUCGUCAUUUGAUUAGAAAAUGUGGAUUUUAUACAGAUACUUCAAUAAACUUAUUAAAACGACAAUGAGAAGUCUAAUUUGAAUUAAAGCUGCAAGCAGCGUUGGACGGGUCCUCGCAUCCAUGCUCGUCGUCGAAUCCACGCACGUCCACCAGGUGGCGCUGCGACCGAGAGUGUAUAUUGGCCUAUGGAUGUGAUCACGUCCGCACUCUGAUGACACAUAUAACAUUUCAGGCAGAUCGGACCAUGUCCAGGCUAGUUAUAGAGCUUUUCCUUCUAUCCACCAGGUGGCGUUAUGACUGUGGCUGUAUUUCAGCAUGUGAAUGUCAUCAGGGCGGGACUCUGAUCAUACAUGUAAAGUUUGAGGCAGAUUAGAGUAUGUUUAGGGCAGUUACACAGCAGUUGAUGUGUCAUGUCGAAGCAUCAAAGUUUGGGAGCCUGCCAUGGCCACGCCCUCAGACUUUUGUGGAGCAUUUUGAUAACUUUUGAUCACCCAUGCCUGGAGUACAUCCUGGCUGAAUUUCAUAUCUGUCGGUGUUACCCUGUUUGAGUUGAUAGCUUUUCAAAAUGUCUAAAAAUGACCCAAAAUUGAAGGUUGGUGUUAAAUUCUAGAAAGAAGAAGAAGAUUAAAGAAAGAAAAUACAUAAAAAAGAAGCAAUUAAAUAAAUGGGAAAAAGUUAAGACAAUUAAACUUUUAUAAAGUAUGGGGGGAAAAAAGAUGUAAGAAAUUAAAGAAUUGUAUUUAAUAAAUAAACAGGAAAUUUGUAAAUAAGUGUUGUAGUCUUUUGCAGUUAAUUGAUGGAUAGGCGUAGUGAGAGACAGCCAGACAAUGGGGUAGAAAUAAGAAUGAGAACAACUAAUAUAGCACAGGGUUGCGAGCGGGAAUCGAACCAGGGCCUCAGCAUUGAGGACCAACUACAUGCGUCAGUGGCUUAACCCGCAGAGCUAUAUGAUCACACAUGUUGGCUGUCAGCAAAGGUGUAUCAAUCCAAUAGAAAGUCUAGGGGUAGGGUUCGGGUUACAGAGGAAGGUCCUGACAGUAGCAAUGUACCAAAAACAUGGAUAUAAAAUUAUACAUUUUUUCAUAAUUUAAUAUUAAGUCACACUAGCCAAAAAAUUCUUAGAAUAAAGUUGGGGUUUUUCCUUCAGCCGUUGUGGUUGCA